CUUGCAAAGAAUAUUGGGAAUGCUGGGUUUAAUGAGAUUAUGGAAUUCUGUCUGCCAGUUGAUGAGAUGGUCAAACCUAAUCCAAGCAGUGAUAUGAAUGCAAGAAAAGAUUAUAUUACUGCCAAGUAUAUUGAGAGAAAAUAUGCAAGGAAAAAGCAUGCUGACAACGCAGCUAAAUUACAUGCUCUUUGUGAAGCAGUCAAAUCACGAGACAUUCUUGGAUUAGUCCAAGUAUAUGCUGACGGUGUGGAUCUCACAGAAAAAAUUCCGCUGGCCAAUGGCCAUGAGCAAGAUGAAACAGCACUUCACCUUGCUGUUAGGUCAGUUGAUCGAACAUCCCUUCAUAUAGUUGACUUUUUAGUGCAGAACAGUGGCAAUCUAGAUAAGCAAACAUGUAAAGGUAGCACAGCCCUGCAUUACUGCUGUCUGACGGACAACGUUGAGUGCCUCAAACUGCUGCUGAGAGGGAAGGCUUCUAUUGAAAUAGCUAAUGAAUCAGGAGAGACGCCACUUGAUAUAGCUAAACGCUUAAAACAUACUCACUGUGAAGAGUUGCUUACUCAAGCACUGUCUGGAAGAUUUAACUCUCAUGUUCAUGUAGAAUAUGAAUGGCGGUUACUCCAUGAAGAUCUGGAUGAAAGUGAUGAUGAUGUGGAUGAAAAGCUGCAGCAACCCAGUCCCAAUCGGAGAGAGGACAGGCCUAUCAGCUUCUAUCAACUUGGAUCAAACCAACUUCAGCCUAAUGUAGCAUCCUUGGCAAGAGAUGCAGCAAACAUUGCUAAGGAUAAGCAAAGAGGAUUUAUGCCAAGUAUAUUACAGAAUGAAACAUACGGAGCAAUACUCAGUGGCAGUCCACCUCCCAUUCAGGCUGCAGUACCUGUUACAAGUAGUGCACCUCCUCUACCUCCAAGGAAUAUUGGCAAAGUUCAGCCUUCAGUUCUUGGCAGUGGUAUUCAGACAAUUUCUUCAUCUAAUGCAAUGUGGAAGACAAAUUCUUUAGGAGUGGAAAGUAUAAGCAGGCAGAGGUCUUCAUCAGAUCCACCAGCUAUUCAUCCCCCUGUGCCGCCAUUGCGUGUAACAUCUACAAAUGUGCUUUCUCCAGCACCACCGCCUCCAGUGGCAAAGACAGCCAGCAUUAUAGAAGCUUUGAACCAGCAAUCUAAACAGCAACCAGCUCCUCCACAAACUAAGCCAACCCCACCACCACUGCCCCCACAACCUCCUAGUAGAAUCUCGCAAAGAAAGCCUAUUCCUGGGACCGAGAAGUCAUCUGGCUUAACUAACAAAGGGCAGUCCAGAGGACUUGGGUCUCUACAACAAACUGCAGCAGGAGAGUCUGUAUGUGAAAUUCCAGUAACACAAACUGGUUCUACAACAAAUACUUUGGCACAAAUCCAGCCACCAGCACCAAUGCCAAGGAAAUCACAAACAUCAAAAACUAAACCCAAGAGAGUAAAAGCAAUUUACAACUGUGUAGCAGAUAACCCAGAUGAGCUAACUUUUUCAGAGGGAGAUAUUAUUGUAGUUGAUGGUGAAGAAGAUCAGGAGUGGUGGAUUGGCCAUAUCGAUGGAGAUCCCAGUCGGAAAGGAGCUUUCCCUGUAUCAUUUGUGCACUUUAUUGUUGACUAAAUUGCUACUGAUAAGUGGAGACAUUUCUCAUUUCCAGCGGUCACAGAAAUAAGUUUUGCUCUAUUUCAUUUCAUCUACCUAUCUGCAGACACCUUGCCAGAACACUGCCCAAGUCCUAGGUACUGUAGCUUACUUUUUUAUUGCCGUUGUUCUGAUUUUGGGACUUCUAGAGCUUCUUUCUAUGUGAAAACUUCUCAUGAGCAGUUUACACUUUAAAAAAA